CUUAAUGGUACGUGUACACUGUAGAGAAAAUCUACCUAGAUUUUAGAUUUAGAUACGUUCUCUAGGUGAGACUUGUCUAUGUUCUGUGUACACUAUAACAUAUUUUGGCCCUCGCUAGACCUUCGUAGAUAUUUCCUAGAUUAAAUCUAUACCAAUUUCUCUAUGUGGUGUGUACAUAACAUGGUAGAUUUGAUCUCGUAAAAACGUAUAGGCAUUAUUGCACCGUAGUUUGUUGGAAGUAGUUUUAAAUGUCGCGAAUUAAGAAAACUGCAGCUGCCUCUGUUAUUUUAAUAACGAAGAAGAGAAAAAAUGUUGAGCUAAAAAACAAGAAGAGAAGGAUGUGGGUUAGGAGCUGGAUUUCAAGAAGACAGGAUAGUGGUUUUUUUGCUCAAUUGGUGAAAGAAUUACACAGCGAAGACAUGAAUUCAUACGCUAACUUUUUACGCAUGAGUAAUAAGGACUAUGAAUACUUGCUUCAAAAAGUUGAACCAUUGAUUAGAAAACAAGAUACUCAUCUUAGGCUAGCUAUUUCACCUUCAGAACGGCUCGGUUUUUAGCAACCGGUGAGUAUUGAAAGACAUGAGUUUGGUUUCUAGGAUGUAUUUAACUUAAAAAGCAAACAAAAACAACUUCUAAUUAAAUCAUUUUUAGUUGUAGGAGAUAGCUAUCAUUCCCUGCAAUACCUUUUUCGGAUUCCAGUCACGACCAUUUCAAGGAUUAUACCUGAAGUUUGUGAAGCGGUAUUUACUGUGCUGAAAACGGAUUAUCUCCAAGUAAGUAAUUUUCGUAAAACUGCGUGAUUGGAGGAAGGUUUGUAGUUGUAUUUGAAGAAUGGUAUGAAGUUUAGGUGCUCUAGAUGGCAAGCACGUGGUUAUGAAAGCACCAAGGAAUAAAGGCAGUCUUUAUUUUAAUUAUAAAGGAACACAUAGCAUAGUCCUCUUGGCACUAGUUGAUGCAAAAUACAAAUUUCUUUAUGUGGAUGUCGGAUGCAAUGGACGCAUAUCUGAUGGUGGCGUGUAUGCAAUCUGUUCAUUGUCAAGAGCAUUAGAAAACAACAUGUUAAACAUGCCAAAACCAAGGCCAUUACCGGGUGAAUCUGAAGAUGCACCUUUUGUUGUUAUUGCCGAUGAUGCUUUUGCCUUGACUUCCUAUUUAUUAAAACCUUUUCCUUUCAAAAACCAACCCGGAUUUAAUCGGGUUUUUAACUACAGAAUAUCAAGAGCAAGGCGUGUAGUUGAAAAUGCUUUCGGACUGAUCUCGGCUCGAUUUCGUGUUCUUAGACGACCAAUAGACUUACCUCCAGAGAAGUUUAAAAAAAUUGUACUUGCAAUAUGUUCUUUGCAUAAUUUCUUACUGACCCAAAAAAGUUCGGCAUAUUUAUAUGCCCAAAAUGGAAUAUUUGAUACUGAAAAUGAUGGGAACGUUAUCAAUGGGAGUUGGAGAAAUGGAGGUAAUCCUAUAGCUAAUAUGGUUCCUUUACAGACUACAAAUGUUAGAAACCCAUCGAAAACAGCCAAAGAAGUACGAGAACAAUUUAAAAAUUAUUUUGUAUCCAAACAUGGUGAAGUCGCCUGGCAGUAUAAAUAUAUAUAAACAUAAUACCAUUUUAUCUGCUUAAUGUAAUAUAUGUUUCUAAUGCUG